AUGGCCACAGAAACGCAAACGAAGGAGAACAACUCCUUCGUCCUCCGCGGAAUCAAAGACGUGUGCUUUGAAGAUCGACCCGUACCCAAGCUUACCGGCCCCCGGGACGUCCUCCUGCAAGUCAAUUAUACCGGCAUCUGUGGCUCAGACGUCCACUAUUGGCAACAUGGCAGGAUAGGACACUUUGUGGUCAAGGAGCCCAUGGUCCUUGGCCAUGAGUCCGCAGGCACCGUGCUGGAAGUGGGGUCUGGUGUCAAGAGCUUGAAAAAGGGAGAUCGCGUCGCGAUGGAGCCCGGGAUCCCCUGCCGACACUGCGUGCGAUGUAAGGAAGGGAAAUACAAUCUAUGCCCCGACAUGGCCUUCGCGGCGACACCGCCGUACGAUGGCACAUUGGCAAAAUACUACAUCCUGCCAGAGGACUUCUGCUACAAGCUGCCCGACAACAUGACACUGGAAGAGGGGGCUUUGAUGGAGCCCCUGGCUGUGGGGGUACAUAUCACUAAACAAUCGGGUCUCAAGCAGGGCGACACGGCAGUGGUUUUUGGCGCCGGCCCGGUAGGACUUCUCUGCUGCGCUGUGGCUAAGGCGCUGGGUGCCAGCAAGGUCGUGGCGGUGGACAUCAACACCGAGCGCCUUGAGUUCGCCAAAUCCUUUGCGGCGACGUCAACCUUCGUGCCCUCCAAAGUCUCGGCGGCGGAAAACGCACAGAGACUAAAGGACGAGAAUGACCUCCCCGCAGGCGCAGAUGUCGCGAUCGAUGCCAGCGGAGCCGAACCCAGCGUUCAGACGGCCAUCCACGUCCUCCGCAUGGGCGGCAGCUACGUGCAAGGUGGGAUGGGCCGCGACGAGAUGACCUUCCCGAUCAUGGCCGCGUGCACCAAAGAACUCACCGUCAAGGGCAGCUUCCGAUACGGUCCCGGCGACUAUGCGAUGGCCGUGGACCUGGCGGGCAGUGGGAAGAUCGACGUGAAGAGGCUGAUCAGCCGAAAAGUCAACUUUGAUGACGCAGAGCAGGCCUUUGAGGAUGUGAAGGCCGGGAAGGCGAUCAAGGUGCUGAUUGAGGGGCCAAAAUAG